AUGGGGGGGGCUGUAGUACUGAGCUCAGCUGGAACCCUUGAGGCCUGGACCGUUUAUAUCUUCUUUUCCACUCGGGGAGCCCUGGAGACUCAGCUUCCUACCCUAGGGCCCUGCCUGAGCAAGUUUGUUCCACUAACUGAACGAGCUGCUUCCCUGGAGUCUGGAGGCCAUGCUCCCCACUUCACACAGCAACCGGAGGACCUAGAAGUUGUCCUGGGGGAGGAGGCAACGCUCCCCUGUGCUCUCAGCGGCUACCAUGGCUUGGUUCAAUGGACAAAGGAUGGAUUAGCCCUAGGGGGUGAACGGGACCUGCCUGGGUGGUCCCGUUAUUGGAUAGUGGGAGACAGGACCAGUGGCCACCAUGAUCUGCACAUUGGGACAGCUGAACUUGGGGAUGAAGCAUCCUAUGAGUGUCAGGCCACCCAGGCUGCCCUUCGAUCCCGGCCUGCUCGGCUCCAAGUACUGGUUCCCCCACAAGCACCUGAGGUGCUAGGGGCCCCAACUGUGGCUCUGGUUGCUGGGGUUCCUGGGAACCUGACCUGCCGGACCCGAGGUGGAGCUCGCCCCAUUCCUGAGCUGCUCUGGUUUCGGGAUGGUGUCCGUCUGGAGGGAGCCAGUUACAGCCAGACCCUACUGGCCAGUGGGAUUCUGGGAACAGCUGAGAGCUCCCUCUCAAUCACCCCCACUGCCCGGGAUGAUGGUGCCUCCUUCAUCUGCCAGGCCCGAAGCCCAGCCCUGCCCAGGGGGAAAGACACUGAGGUCACCCUCAGCCUGCAGUAUCCCCCUGUGGUGACUCUGUCUUCCGAGCCACAGACAGUGCCUGAGGGUGGGAAGGUCACAUUUCUGUGCAGAGCAACAGCCCAUCCCCCAGUCACUGGCUACAGGUGGGCGAAAGGGGGAUCUGUGCUUCCUGGAGCUCGUGGGCCCCUUUUAGAGGCAAAAGCUGAUGCUUCCUUCCUGACUGAACCUGUGUCCUGUGAAGUGACCAAUGCUGUGGGCAGUACCAAUAGGAGCACAGCAUUGGAUGUGCAGUUCGGUCCCCUCCUCCUGUCUCCACCUGAGCCAGUGGCUGUGGAUGUGGGAGAAGAUGCCUCUUUCACCUGCACCUGGAAGGGAAACCCUCCCCCACAAGUGACGUGGACUCGCCGUGGGGGGACGAAGAUCCUGGGCUCGGGGCCCACGUUGCGUCUGGUGGCUGUGGGGCCCGGGGACGCCGGAUAUUACGAGUGUCAUGCAGAGCCGGGACCCUCAGGAGUGGGGGGCGGCAUAGGAGAGGCACCCCUGACUGUGCAUGGCCCCCCAGCAGUGACUGCCCUGAAUUCGUCCCCCGCUGCUCUGGGAGCCCCUGCCCGGCUAGAGUGUUUAGUGCUCGCAUCUCCAGCACCCGAUGCAGUGGUCUGGUCCUGGGGCGAGGGCGCACUCGCCUCGGGUUCUCGAGGCCGCUUCCUAGUAGAGACGUUCCCCGCCCCGGGGGCCACGGGGAGUGGGCGACGGGGACUGCUCUCGGUGCUGCACAUCUCGGGGACUCGGGAACCAGACUUCACCAGAGACUUCAACUGCAGCGCUCGCAACCGGCUGGGCGAGGCAGGAGCCCGGGCUGGGCUGACCCGCACUGACCCACUGCCCCUGGUGCGGAUCGUGGCCGGAGUGGCUGCAGCGGCUACUGCCUUACUACUACUGCUCAUCGCGGGGGGCGCCCACUGCUGCUGGCACCGAGGCCGAGGCUCCAGAGCAAAAAUCUCCAAGCGGGACAUACUGGUCCAAAUCACCAACAGCAAUGGUUGCAGCCCUCGGGCCCCCGAGGAAGAGGAGGAGGGGAGCCAGGAAGACCAGGUCCCCAGCAGCGAGUCCACCGGCACUUCCCACACCAAGCAGAGCGACUUCGCUGGAGAUGAGGAGGCGGGGCCUGAGUCCAAGGAUCCCACUAAUGGCUACUAUAAAGUUCGAGGUGUGAGUGUGAGCCAGGACCCUGGAGCUGCCCUGUUCUCCUCUUCAGCAUCCCCUGCCUUCCCUACCAGCCCUUCUGGGUUCUAUGAUCUUACCCCUCACUUGGCUGUAUUCCCCCCAGACCGAGGUGGUCUCUGUAGGCACCAGGACGGUUACCUCACCACUCCAUACACUCGUGCUUUCACCAGCUAUGUCAAAUCCACACCCUAUGGGACCCCUGACCCAGUUCCUGGGCCCCCUCCCUUUUCCUACACUAUCCUCCCUGUUCCUGGCCACCAUCGCCUUCAGACCCAUGUGUGACCUGCCCCUCAGACUGAUAGCUGGUCACCCACUCCAGCCAAUGGAAGGCCUUUGUAAAGUCUCCAGUCCUUUCUUGUGUGAUGAACUGGUCCAGUCGUUGAACUGCCAAGAUUUCCCCCUCAGCAUAGCGGCCCAAGUCUGGGAAUGGGGGGAGGGGGAAGAGGAGCAAGACCUUGAUGGACAUUUGGCCCAGCAAAUGGAAAAGGCCAAAGUGUAAACAUGCCUACACUUUAGAACUCAAAAGUGGCACAUGGGCUAGGGUGGGCUCCUUGGAAGGGGAAGUGUACAGGGUAGUGGCAAGGCCAGAAUCAAGGGCACACAGAUGUAGCAAAAAAGUCAUUCCUGGCCCAGGAAGCAGAUUCAUGACAGUGUGAGGACCAGGAACUGAUGGUCCUUCCUUGCCUGGUAGAUGCUCAGUCUCAUGGAAACUGUGCCAAGAUGGCUCCUGACACCAGAAAUCCAAGAUGGUGGACUUAAGGUGGCCACCUCAUCCUUCUGUAGGGAAGGAGGGAAUUUGGAGCACAUUUCUUAGGGUGACCCCAUUGCUGGGGCAAAUAUGCAUUUGAAAAUAUGGGGUGAAUGUUGGGGUUUGAAUAUUUAUGUUUAAUUAAAAAAAUGGAAAAAAG